AUGACUGGUUUGACUCUUCUGUUCAGACGUACUCAAGGUAAUGUGAAAGAAAUAUACAAUUUUGUGCAAGACGAUUUAACUACUGAAGAUGUAUUAUUGUUGGACUGCCAAAGUGAAGUAUAUGUCUGGAUUGGAUCAAACUCAAACGUAAAGUCGAAACAACAAGCUCUCGCUCUUGGUCUGAAAUUCCUAGAGAUGGACAUUCUGGAAGAAGGUUUGGCCUUGAUGACUCCUGUGUAUGUUGUCACAGAAGGCCACGAGCCACCGUUUUUCACUCGUUUCUUUGAGUGGGUUCCUGAAAAGGCAAACAUGGAUGGUAAUUCAUUUGAAAGGAAGCUUGCUACUCUUAAAGGAACGAAGCCAAACACUAAGAGAUCUAGUGGAAGCUCGUGGAGAUCACACUCGAAGGAGAAUGCAUCACGUGAUUUACGAAGUCGAUCUGUGAGCUCAAACGGAACAGAGCGAGGUGUAUCACCUUCCUCGAGUGUGAGCUCUGCACAAGACAGAAAAAGCAGCAGCAACUCCACUCCAGUUGUCAAAAAUCUUUUCUCAGAAACUCUUUCAGUGGAUACUAGUAAUGGAUCGGCGAGAGAAGCUUCGAGCUCCAACACAGACAUUUCUAAAGAGAAUCAGCUCGGAGGAAUCAAUCUCGAUCUUAGUCUAGAGUCACUUGCAUAUUCAUACGAACAGCUUAGAGUUGAUUCUCAGGAGCCGGUGAAAGAUAUAGAUGCAACAAGAAGAGAGGCGUACUUAACAGAGAGAGAGUUUGAAGAAAGAUUUAAAUUGACAAAACCCGAUUUCUAUGCACUUCCAAAAUGGAAACAGAACAAACUUAAAAUCUCUCUCCAUCUUUUUUAA